AUGAUGUGGCUGGUUGUGUUUCCGCUUAUUGUUUUGUCCACUACCGCGUCUCCUAGUAAUCGGAUAAUAGGCGGUACCGAUGCAAGUCCAGGUGAAUUCCCACAUAUGGUGUCUAUCCAGUGGUCUCCACAUGGACUAAUGCAUCAUCUCUGUGGAGGAUCCAUUCUCAAUGAACGCUGGAUUCUAACGGCUGCUCAUUGCAACAUGCUCACUUUGGACAACCAACUGAUGAAAGUAAUAGCAGGUGCAUGGGACUUUCGUACACCCUCCCAGUAUCAGCAAGAAGUUGGUGUAGAUCUCUUCAUCAAUCAUCCUCACUAUCCCGGUGGAGUCGGGGUACCCCAUAAUAUUGCUCUCAUCCGAGUUGAUGAACAACUUUUACUCAACCCAUGGGUUCAACCUGUUAUUCUUCCCCCUUCUAACUCUUACCCCCUUGGAUCUGGUAUUCUAUCUGGAUGGGGCUGGACAAUCGACGAACCACCCUUUCUCUUUCCCUAUAUCCUCCAACGCGCUCAACUACCACUUCUUAGCUUAUCAGCCUGCUACACAGCUUUUGUCCAACUCGGAGAGGAUCCUGCAGAACUCGAUACAUUUUCUCACAUUUGCACUGGACCUUUAUCUGGAGGAUAUUCCGCUUGUUCCGGAGACUUGGGGGGUCCUCUUGUACAGAAAUACAACAACUACUAUCUUCAAAUUGGUAUUGCUGUCCGAGCCUUCCGUCCCUGUGGCCGCCAAGGUGCUCCUACGGUUUAUAUCCGGGUUUCUGCAUAUACUGACUGGAUCAGAAGUCUUAUAUAUUAAAUUUUCAAAAAAGUG